UUUCAGCUUUAAUUCAAGAAAACACCAACAAAGUAUUUCAGAAACAAAACAUUCAUUUCAGGGUUAAAAACCAAAACACUGAGCGAGUAAUUAGAUCCAUACUGGCAGCCACUUUUACACAACUUCAUAAACAACGACUAAAUGAAACGUUUUCUGCAAAAUGUUGGAAUCAAUCAUAUGAGUUGGGCUAAUUAUUAAUUUCCCUCCAAAGAUAGAUUUAACACCAGGCACAGUGAUGUACCUAAAUUGUCUCUGACUGUAAAUGAAGUUGGGGUUUCGCUGCUGCACAAAAUGAUGGUUCAGUCAUGAGCUGCAUGAUUUUUUUAAAAAAGAGAAAAAGCGAAACUGUGACUGAGCUGCUUUUAUUUCUCUAUUUUCAGCUCAGGGAUGUUUUCCUUUGAUUGGACUCAGUCCUACAGGAACAAUGCACCUUCACAGAGGCUCAUUCUGGGUUUUUAACCGAGUCCAUUCAGCCCAACUCCCUCAUUAAUGCCCAAAUGUUCUUUGUAGAGCAGGACUUGGUUGGUGCUUUUCCCCUUUUCCAUUAGGAGACCUACUUCAAUCUCCUGACAUGCACACACCUGUAGAGAAUCAAUCUACAUGUUUCCCUCCGUGCUUUACAAAGAAAAACUGAGUUUCUUUUAUUACAGGCUCUCCGGUGAACGCAGACCUCUGAAGACGUCUAAUUCUUAUUUUCUCUGUAAGCUUUAGAUUUCAAUUUCAUCUCCAGGGCAAUUUAUUUAUAUUGUAUACAGCAUGCCAUAAAGGCUUAACUGCAGUACUUUCAUGUGGGUUAUUUUGUUGCCUGCUGCAUGUGUGUGUGUGUGUGUGUGUGUCAGUGUGUGUGAGUCAGUGUGUGUGUGUGAAUCUGGGGCUGGCACUGCUUGGAUUUGACAUGGCCUGACUACAAAAACAUGCAGCACAGCCUUUAGGUUUGGUUAAUUGUCCUCUGUGGACCCAGUUUGAGCUGCACAAGGUCAAAGACAAUGUUUUACCCACUUUCCAGAGGACACUGAGAGGAGCUUUCAUUCAGGUCUUGGGGGUAAUUAAGGAAUGGUGGUAGAUUGGCUUCUUAUUUAUAUCCUGUUUGCAUCUCUUGCUUUAACUUCCAGGGCUGCAUGUCAUGAUGCAGAGCUGAGUUUAAAGUUUACUGUCACAUGGGGGUAAACUCUGAUUUGCUGCCCCUCAUGUGGACAUAGAUGAGGGGUUAGACGUCGUUUGGACACCGACCAAAUCUCACCUUGUUGCGUUAUUUAAAGUGUUUUUAAUCAUCCAUGUAUUUACCGAGCUGCACUUACCCGUCAAAGUCCGACUUUGGCUCCGUCCCGGCACCGUUUCUAACGGAGAGUGGCGCCGCUCUGCUGGAGCACAGCGGCGCAUCGGCGCGGUACCGGGGCUGCUGCUACCACGAGCCCCUGCAGCAGUAUCCUCCUCCGGGCAAGUGGACCCUGUACCAGUCCAGCCGGCCCAUCACCUCUCCACCGCCAUCCUGCUUCAACCUACCCGGGGAGGCUGCUUACCAUCAGGGGCUUCCGUCCCCGCCGGAGACGAUAUUCAAAGGCGGUAAGGAGUGCUUCCUGAGCGGGGGGACGGUUUACGGCGCGUCGGACCCGCGUCUUCACGCGCACGCGUUCGCCGGAGACCCGCGGAGUUUCCCCGGGAGAUACACGACGUACCACCCGGACUCGCAGCUCCUGUUCCCGGCGGCGCGGAACGGAAUCCUGCUGCCGGUGUUCGACCAGUUCAUCGCGGAGGAGGCGGAGAGUCCGAGGACAGGGACCGCGGAUCGAGAGAAGGAGACGAGUCGGACCGGAUGGACGAGCUGUCCCAGCGGGGAGAGCGGCGAGGUGAGGCCGGUGUCAGAGUCGCCGCUGACGGGGAAGGAGGACGAGGAGGACGCGCCGUCAUCCAGCGGCGCUGGAGGAGACUGCAGCCAUGACCGGACAGAGUCCUCUGUGAAGAGGAAGAAGCGCUGCCCUUACUCCAAGCAGCAGAUCAGGGAGCUGGAGAGAGAGUUUCUCUUCAACAUUUACAUCAACAAGGACAGACGCAUGCAGCUGUCCCGCCUUCUGUUCCUGACAGAUCGACAGGUGAAAAUCUGGUUCCAGAACAGAAGAAUGAAAGAGAAGAAACUGAAAAGAGAGAGACUACAGUACUACACACAGUACCACCUGUUCUGACGCAUGGACGAGGGGGAUGGAACUAAAAGAUGCUCCUUCUUUUUUUAAUGUCAUUCCAAAAAAAAACUGUGCGUGUGUGACAACCCUGCAAACACUGUCACCGCAGCGCAUUUCCAUUCCGGUCACGUAGGCAGGUCAAGACGUGAAUAAAGAUAAGGAACAAACACCCCUGCUCCUUCAGAAGGAGAACUCCAAGGCUCAGGUUUAGGCCCACUGUAGAAACUUCUCUUUUAAAGAAUGUGUCUCGCUCUUGAUCUUCCAUCAAGAAAGCAUUGAAAAUGCUCCGCUCGCCUUAUUUGAACCCAUCUGCCCUCUGAAGUCAUGUGGCUCACUGUGAAGGAAUUAACGCUCUUUCUGUCUUAGGCCUUUAUGUUCUGUAAAUACCAGGAAAUGACCACAUACUGUACAUUCUUUGAGAAACUGAAUAGGGAAACAUUAACUACAGAUGUACAGCGGCUCCUUAUAUUCAUGUCCAUGGAGCCUCAUGUAUUGGGACUUUUGGUUGUUUCUUUUAUGUUGAUUUGCACUGCUUAUCUAUCUAUCUAUCUAUCUAUCUAUCUAUCUAUAUAAAUAUAUGCACACUUAAAAGAUGAAGACAAUGUACUUAUUCAGAUAUUUGACAACCUGGUAAGACCUGAAUUUGGUGUAAAAACAUUGAAAUUAAAUAAAUCAAGUCAUGAAAUUUAGCAAAUCAGUUUAGACACUUUUCAAAUGUGUGAGAAUGAGAAAAUAUUUGAACAAACUUCAUCGCUAUUGUUUAUCCUAAUUUAAAAUGUGUGACAGUGCCAUCUGAAGCCAUUCACAGGGUGUUGUCCUAUUGUUUUAUAAAGUAAUAAAAUGA